AUGGGUUGUACAGCAUCUGCCCUUGAGGGGGUUGACAAAAAUGCCGUAGAGCGUAGCAAAGCUCUUGAUAGACAGCUCAAGUUUGAUGGAGAACGAGCAGCCCGAGAAGUCAAACUGCUUCUCCUUGGAGCUGGAGAAUCAGGCAAAUCUACCAUCGUCAAACAGAUGACCAUCAUCCAUAAGUCAGGCUACAACGACGAGGAACGCAGAUACUACAUCCCGAUCAUCCACGACAACACUCUUAAUUCCAUAUGCAGCAUUAUUCAGGCAUUGGGCACCAUCAGCCCUUAUAUUGAGAUAAAGGAUUCUGGAAGGGCAGCAGAUGCAGUAACUGUUUUGAAAUAUAGAGAUGAAAUCGAGGGAGAGGAAGUUAAGUUAACUGAGGAAAUUCAAGACUGCAUUAAACGCCUUUGGACUAACGAGAACAUACAAGAAUGCUUCGGGAGGUCGAAUGAGUACCAAUUGAAUGACUCAGCUCAGUAUUAUCUUGAUGACAUUGACAGAAUAUGCGAUUCGGACUAUCUGCCAAAUGAACAAGAUGUUUUAAGGUCUAGGGUUCGUACAACAGGUAUUGUCGAACAGAAGUUCAGCCACAAAGGCCUUCAGUUUUGCAUGUUUGAUGUUGGUGGGCAGAGGUCUGAGCGAAGGAAAUGGAUCCACUGCUUUGAGGGUGUUACUGCUAUCAUAUUUUGUGCCUCUUUGAGUGCCUACGACUUGAAGCUUGUUGAAGAUGAAGGCAUGAACAGGAUGCACGAAAGCAUGAAGCUGUUUGAUUCCAUCUGCAAUAACAAGUGGUUUACUGACACUUCCAUCAUUCUUUUCCUAAACAAGAUGGAUUUAUUCGAAGCUAAGAUAACCAAGUAUCCCCUAAGUCGAUGUUUUCCGGAGUACCAAGGCGCCAACACGUACGGUGAAGCUGCCCAAUAUAUUCAGCUCAAGUUUGAAGCUCUGAAUAGAAAAGAUGGAAAGGAAAUCUACACACAUUUCACCUGUGCAACCGACACCGGUAACAUCCAGUUCGUCUUUGACGCAGUAACGGAUGUCAUCAUCAAGAAUAAUCUAAAAGACUGUGGACUGUUUUAAUGUUAAUAGUUCACCUAGCAAAGUUUAUAUCGUCCUUACUUUUUAUCUGCGAUUUGAGCAUAUUUAUUCUUUUUAUUUAUAAUCGAUUAU